CAAAUAUGGCAGCGACGAGCCCCGCCAAGUCUACAAAUGGACUUGAUGGGCAGCACGUAACACAGAAAGGCAGUAACGGGUGCCUUGAUGAGGGACCAGAAUUUGAAGAGACUGCACGGUUGCUUACGCUGGAGGAAGCCAGGUGUCCGGUGUGCCUUGAGAUCCUUUUGGAACCUGUGACUAUGCCUUGUAAGCACUCGGUGUGUCUUCCAUGUUUCAAGCAGAGCGUAGAGUUUACUAGUCUGUGCUGUCCGCUUUGCCGGCUGCGAGUGUCCAGCUGGGCCCGUAGACAGUCUCUAAAGAAAAGUCUUAUAAACGUCGAGCUCUGGGAUAUGGUCCGACAGAGCUAUCCCGAGAAGUGUAAGCGAAGAAUGGAGAUGCGAGAGGGAGGUGGCGCAGCUGGAGAAGAAAAAACUUUCUGCAAACCUGGAGAGAUUCCACAGGAGUAUAAACAGCAACAGAAAAAGGCAGUGAUGAAUGAGGAGAAGAGAAGAGCACAGUCCCAUGAAGAAAUGGAGGAAUAUGGAUUACCGAAGCACUUUAAGGAUUCUUUCUGUGGAGUGUCAUCAGAUUUGGAGAAUGAAGAGCCAUCUGGAAUGAGAACCAGAUAUGUAUCUGCCUUCAUUCGCAAAACCAGAAGCUCACCACCUUCCAGUCGAAUUCUCCAGAAUCAUGUGGUGCAAAGAAGCAGAAGUUGUACUGAAACAGAAGACGGCAGAGAGAAGGAUGGUUGUCCUUCAGAACUUGCUGCAAUGGCCAAGGCCUGCAUUACCUAUAGCUAUAAUGCAGGAAUCCUGCUCUCCUCUGAGAACAGUCGUUCUCUUUCCGCACCCGUCCUCAUCCCUGACAAGAAGCUCUUGUGGAGAGGUGUUUUUGCUGCUGCUGCGUCUACCUCCUUUACCGUUCCUUUGACUAGACCAGAGAGGUCCAUCAGCCCUGAGAGCAAUGACAGCAUCUCUGAGGAGCUGAACCACUUCAAGCCCAUCGUCUGCUCACCUUGCACCCCCCCAAAGAGGCUGCCAGAUGGGAGAUUGUUAGAGCCCACCAUAGUGAAGUCAACACCCAGGAAUCUGAACCGCAGUUUGCAGAAACCUACCAGCUACGAGGCCAGCCCCACCAUCCUCCAGAAGUGGAAGCAAAUUGAGAUGGACCGUCAGCACACCAAGGUUUCUUCCAAGGGUACCAUAACCAGCCCUGUCUUUGAUGUUACUGUCAAGAAGAACUGUCAUCAUAAGAGGAGUAAAUUCUGUACAAAUCUUCGAGGAGAAAAUGCGCUGAAACAGCAUGGCAGUGUUUCCAUUAUGAAGGCUGACAUCUCUGGACAGGAAAAGGGAGAAAAUUUAACAUGUAAUAAGAGGAGGUUAAUAUUUGAUCAACCCAUCGCAGAACAAAGUACUUCUCUAAAACGAUCAGCCAAGUCCCAAACCCCAAUUGAAAUUGUCUCCACUGAGGGGACUUGCAUCACUGAUUGUCAGGCAGCUGAGGACAUGGGGACAGGGUCUGUAAAAGACAGUAUACUAUCCACAGCCCAAGAAAGGCAGAUAUUGCUCAUUUAUAACAAUUGUGCAGAAGUGAUACAAUGUAAUCAAAAAGUGAUGGACACACAGGACCAAAGAAACAAUUCAAAUGCCAGAAGCAGUGUCAAGGGCAGACCUACCUCAAGGAGGGGCAGGAAGAGGAGCCAAAAAACUAAGCACUUGGAAGUGGGAGGGAGAGCCAAGAAAUUUAGACCCCAGUGCCAAGAUGUCUUUGACACUGAGAGUGAUGUGGGGUCUUUAUAUGGACAACGCUUGCAGCAAGAGAAGGAGGACCACAAGCUAGCAUUAAAACUGCAAAGACAGUUUAACAUGGAGUGUAAAAAGGUGGACAGGCGAAAGACAAGUCCUGACAAGUACCUGCUCCGAUCAUGGGUCUUUGCUGGUGGUAGUGAAGAAUACAGUCCACGCAGAUCAGUAAGGAUCUUCAAAAAGAGCUAGCACUUCAGACUACAACCACAAAUAUUAAGUGUUCUUUGUUCAGUCAACCAACACAUUGUCUACACAUCAUGUCAUUUUGCUCCUUAGGCAACUUGGAUCCAUUUCUUGCUGACUGUGUUAACGGCAGAACCAGUAGGAGAAG